CCAGCACUCAGUCGCGCUGUGCUUUCACACGGAAAGCUCCUCCGCCUGCUCUGUUCUGCUUCCCGGAGGAAAUAAAGGAUAGCUAAUCUGGUUUUCCUCCCUGGAUGACACUUGCGCACUUUCACACAUGAAGGACACAAAGAAACAAAUGCAGGGCACACAAUGGCUCAUUUUAAGGACGUAGCCGUGAAAAAGACCACAUCUCUGAAUCUGGUGACGGGAUUCUUUCAGUAUCUCCGCGAUGAACAAGAGGCGGUGCAGAAAAGAACUUUCACAAAGUGGAUUAAUUCACACUUGGCCAAGCACAAACCUCCUUUUGAAGUCAACGACCUCUUUGAGGACAUCAAGGAUGGGGUGAAACUGCUGGCUCUGUUAGAGGUGCUGUCUGGACAGAGAUUACCAUGCGAACAGGGCCGCCAACUCAAAAGGAUCCACUGGGUGUCCAACAUCGGCACAGCUCUUAAGUUCCUGGAGGGAAGGAAGAUCAAACUAGUCAAUAUCAAUGCCACUGACAUUGCUGAUGGACGCCCGUCCAUCGUAUUGGGGCUGAUAUGGACCAUUAUCCUCUAUUUCCAGAUUGAGGAGUUGACCAGUAAUCUUGCAGCCCUUCAGGCUUUAUCCAGCAGUGCAUCUUCAGUGGACAGCAUGGCCAGCUCGGAGACGGGAAGCCCACCUAUGAAACGCAAAGGGAUGACAAAGUUUCAGGGCAAUGCCAAAAAAGCCAUGCUCAGAUGGGUCCAAAGCACAGCAACCAAGCGUCUUGGGAUUGAAGUUAAAGACUUUGGUCCUAGUUGGCGCAGCGGUUUGGCCUUCCAUUCUGUUAUUCAUGCCAUUCGGCCAGACCUUGUGGACAUGGACAUAGUGAGAAAAAGAAGUAAUCGUGAGAACCUUGAAGAGGCUUUCAGCGUGGCAGAGAACGAACUGGGAAUACCACGUUUACUAGAUCCUGAAGAUGUAGAUGUGGACAAGCCUGAUGAGAAGUCCAUAAUGACAUACGUAGCUCAGUUCCUGAAGCACUAUCCAGAUCCCCACCAGUCCGAGACAGAUGGACAGCAAGAGGAGUGCAUUGCUCUGUGUGCUCACUCUGUCUCUGUGUCUGUAUCACUCGCCAUGCGCAUUCGUAGCUGGCGUCUUGGGAUUGAAGUUAAAGACUUUGGUCCUAGUUGGCGCAGCGGUUUGGCCUUCCAUUCUGUUAUUCAUGCCAUUCGGCCAGACCUUGUGGACAUGGACAUAGUGAGAAAAAGAAGUAAUCGUGAGAACCUUGAAGAGGCUUUCAGCGUGGCAGAGAACGAACUGGGAAUACCACGUUUACUAGAUCCUGAAGAUGUAGAUGUGGACAAGCCUGAUGAGAAGUCCAUAAUGACAUACGUAGCUCAGUUCCUGAAGCACUAUCCAGAUCCCCACCAGUCCGAGACAGAUGGACAGCAAGAGGAGUAUGAUCCACAAGAUAUAGAGCUAAUGCUUGAGCGAGAGGAACGCAAGGUGCUAAGGGAGGUGAAGAUCUGGCUGGAUCAGCUAGAGAGAGAUAUACUGCGUGCACAGGGAUCUGAAGAGAGUCUCACCGACAGAUAUCAGGCUUUUAAGAGUUUCCGUGUGCAGUAUGAGAUGAGAAAGAAACAGAUCGAGUCUCUCCUGCAGCCGGUACACAAGGAUGGCAAGCUGUCCGUGGACCAGGCCGUGGUCAAACAGGCCUGGGAUCAUGUGUCUGUCAGGCUCUUAGACUGGCACAUCCAUCUGGAUAAGUCUUUGCCGGGCCCUCUGGGAGUGAUCGGAGCCUGGCUGCAUCGGGCAGAACUUUCCCUGAGAGAGGACAUACCCAUUCAACAGGCCCAUGAAGAGACGGCCAACAUCAUCCACAGAAAACUGGAACAGCACAAGGAGGUUUUGAAGAAUUUGGAGGGACACCGACAGACAUUUCAACAGAUUCACAGAGACCGAUCAGUAAACGGCGUCCCAGUUCCACCAGAGCAGCUUCAGGACAUGGCAGAAAGCUUUCAUUUUGUGUCCACGUCGUCUCACGUCCAUCUGAUUAAGAAUGAGUUCUGGGAGAUGAAGUACCGCCUCAUGGCGUUUCUCAUGCUGGCCGAGUCAAAGCUCAAAUCCUGGAUCAUUAAAUACGGCCGUCGGGACUCAGUGGAGCUUCUUCUGCAAAAUUAUAUUGCAUUCAUUGAAGGCCAUAAGUUCUUUGAGCAGUAUGAAACCACGUUCCGGACUCUGAAACAAGCUGCAGACUCCUACUUGAAAUCUGGGGCUUCUGCUGAGGAGGUAGAAGGGGUGAAUACGUUUCUGAGCGAUGCCACAGCGCAGUGGAAGAACCUGUCAGUGGAGGUGAGGAGCGUCCGCAGCAUGCUGGAGGAAGUGAUCUGCAACUGGGAGAAAUACAGCAGCACAGUGGCUAGCCUGCAGGCCUGGCUGGAGGACGCUGAGAAGAUGCUCAACCAGUCAGAGAGCGACAAACGGGAGUUUUUCCGGAAUCUUCCACACUGGAUUCAGCAGCACAUGGACAUGAAUGAUGCUGGAAACUUCCUGAUUGAGACGUGCGAUGAGACUGUGUCUCGAGAACUGAAACAGCAGUUGCUUCUUCUCAACGGCAGAUGGAGAGAGCUGUUUGUCAAAGUCAAACAUUAUGCAAGAGCAGAUGAAGUGGACAAACUGAGAAAAGAUUAUGACGAUGGGAUCGAAGCUUUAAAGGCAUUUAUUGACACGGCCAACGAGAGGAUGAACACUCCAGUUCAAGUUUCAUUUCUGAACAUACGGACAUAUCUACAAGACGUUGAGGACAUCAAGCACAAAGUGCCAUCCAUGGAGGCGUCGUACAAGACGGCCACACGUAACGCGCAGCAGCUGACCAAAGACCUCACUGAGGAGGAGAUCGCACAGAUGCUGGCUACCAUGGCAGCCAUCAAGGAUGAGCUCAGAAAGAUAAGAGAAAGAGCUCUGCCCCUGCUGAGGGACUCCCAGGCCAUGCUGCCUCCUUUAGAGGAGAUGGAGAAACAUAUCACUGGGUUCUACCAGUCGCUGGAGAAGGCGAGCCGCAUCACUUCCUCCCGGGACUCCGAGGCUCCAGGAGACUUCAAGCAGAAGUGUCAGGAGCUGGUGACCUAUCAGCAGAGCUGUAAAAAGUGUCUGUCAGUGAUUGAUAAAAACCAUCAGAUCAUUCUGACAUCACUGGACACCAGCAAGAACCUAAAACACCUGGACACGUCACUGUUAGAGAGGAGAAUCUCAGAGCUUCAGGCCUCUUCACAGGGCAUGGUAAAAGAAACCACAGAAUGGAAGAGGCAUGUGGAGGCGAACAGCAGCCUGAUGAAGAGAUUUGAGGAGUCUCGUGUGGAGCUGGAGAAGGUUCUGAAAAUAGCUCGCAGCUCCAUGACUGAGAGAGGAAACCCAGAGGACCUUCUGAAAAAGCACACUGAGUUCUUUGGGCAGCUGGAUCAGAGAGUUCUCAAUGCCUUUCUGAAAGCCUGUGAUGAACUCACAGAUAUACUACCAGAGCAAGAACAGCAGAAUCUGCAGGAAACAGUCAGGAAACUGCACAAACAGUGGAAGGAUGUCCAAACAGAGGUUCCUUCUCACCUGCUGCAUCUGAAGGUGGAGCUGGAGAAGAGUCGUCUGAUGGCGUCAGUGCAGGAGUGUCAGGCUGAAGUGGCCCGUGAGAACCGCAGUCUGCCCAGCAUGGGCAGCGAGAGGUUAAUCAAAGAGCACAGGAUGUUUUUUAAGGAAAAGGGUCCACAGGCUCUUUGUGAGAAGCGCUUACAGCAUAUGGAGGAGAUGUGCUCGAAGCUUCCGGAGAGCGAACAAGCCCGGCAAACUUUAGAGAACGUCAGUACAGCGUUUGCAGAGGUCAAAGAGGAUAUUGACAGCACACAUCAGAAACUAAUGCAGCACCCGGACAAAUGGAAGGAGUUUAAUACCAGGUUCUCUGAACUCUCCGCCUGGGUUACAUCGAAGGAAAGUCAACUCAGACUUCUGCGAAACAGAGCUGGAGACCCCAGCAAGUUUGGACAGGUCAAAUCCACUAUAGAGUGUCUGAGAAACGAUGCUGAACUGCAGGAGGGGAACAUGAGCUGGUUGAAGACGCGUUUGGCUGCUCUGAUAGAGGUUUGCACAGAGAGUGACACUCAGAGACAGGGAGCUGCUCUCAGCAAACUCUCCAGUGACUUUAAGGGUCUCCUCACAUCCCUUUCUGAGUCAGAGAAGGUCGUGCUGGCGGUGAGCGACUGUGUGCAGUUCAGAGAGGAGGUGAAAACUACACUGGAGGAGUUGACACAGGGUCAGCAGGAGCUGCAGUCAGAGACCAGCAAGAUUCUGAACUCUGAGUCCGUCAGAGAAGCCCAACAAUUGCUGCUGCUUCAUCAGCAACAACUCAAGCGUCUCCGGCUCAAGCGGAAGGAAAUGCAAGAGCAGAUAAACCGUGGGAAGCAGCUGCAGGUAGAGGAGGGUCUGGAGGAGAGCUUACAGGAAGACCUGCAGAAACUAGAGGCUACCUUGAGUGAAAUGGAUCAAAGCACAGAGUCACAGGAAAAGAACCUGGAGGUGACUUUAGCUGCUUGGCAGGAGUUUGAGGGUCAGCAGGCAGCAGUGAGGGAGUUUGUGGGUAAAGUGCGAUCGGUCACAGAGAGAGAGAUGAACUUCAGCAGUCCAGACAGUCUCAGCACAGAGCUGGAGCAGGCCAAGGAGCUCCUGAAACAGUGUGAAAUAGAGGCCAGACAGGUGAACACUCUUCUCAAGAGGGCCACAGAGAUCCAGUUGGGCCUCAAAAAUCACUCUCUCCUCCGGGAUCAAGCACGUGCUCUGAGUGAACAAGUGGACAAAGUUGAGACUCGACUCAAGCGAGAUGUGAAGACUUUGGAGGGGAUGAAAGAUCAGUGGAAUACUUUCGGGAGUGAGUUUGAAGCAUUUUCCACAUGGAUAACGGAGAGAGAAAGAGAAAUGGAUGCCUUGAAAACCUCCAGCACACCUUUGGUUCAGCAGAUCUGUACCGUAAAGACAAUCAGAGAAGGUCUGCAGGAGAGGUCACAGGUCCUGUCCAACUUGGAGGAGAAAUCUCAAGCGCUGGUCCAGUUUGUGUCGUCUGGCGAAUCUGCACGAAUCAAAGCCCGUCUCACACAGAUUGGCAGAUACUGGGAGGAGCUUAAGGAGAGUGUGGAACAUCUGAAUGGACAGUUGGAAGAAAGCUCCUCCCACCAGACGAAGUUCAAUGCCAACCUUCAACAGGUACAAUCAGAGGUUGAAGAUAUCCAGAAGAAACUUGACAGCCCUGUCACCUCCUGCGUGUCUUCAUCCGAGACCUACAAAACUCUACAGAGUCACAUGGAUAUGUUCCAGUCCCUGGAAAAGCUGAAGGCCACCCUGCUGUCCCUGUCUGCUGGCGCCCGCAGGCUCAGUGAUAGAGAGAAGGCCGAGAGAGCCGUGGCGGCCCUGCAGCAAAGUUACGAGCAGGGUUUAAAACAGGCCAAGGAAAAACAGAACCAAAUGGAGAGCCUUCUGUCACACUGGCAAAAGUAUGAAAAGGAUUGGUCUGCCCUGCAGUCAUGCCUGGAGAGAUGUGAAUCCAUAACCAGCCCUGACUCUCAGUUCCUCCCGGUUGACAAACUAAAGCUGGAUGGAGAACUGCUGGAACUGAAACACCUACAGAGUGAACUUCAGUCUCUGGAGUCAGUUUACAACAAGCUGGUGGCCCAAACACCAACUCUUUACACCACUGCAUCAGAUGAACGUGUGAAAACACUCAAAGAAGACCAUGAACAGCUUGAGAAAAGAUGGAAGUGUCAGACCACAGCUAUACCUCAAAGAAUCCAAGUGCUUCAGGAGCACCUUUCUCAGGUGGAGCAGUUUGAUCAAGCCCUGCAGAAGUUCUUCAAAUGGGGAGAGUCUUUCCUCUCAUCUUUACAUUCGUUUUCUCACGUUGAUAUCACUGAUCUUCAACCUUCCACCAGUGAUAUCAAGGAGAGGAGAGAUGAUCUGCUGAAGCAAAGUGUUCUAAGACAGAGUCUUCAGCAGCAAACUAAGACCUUGUGUGAUGUUUGUGAGCCAGCUGAGGUUCAACAGCUUCAGGGAAAGUGGGAGAGCUCCUUGCAGCCAUACAUGGAAGCACAUCAGCUGGUUGAACUACGAGGCGAGAGUCUGGAGAAGCUAGAGGCCUUCUUACACACCCAUAGUGUGGCGGCCGGCGUCCUUCAGGGCCUCAGACAGACCGUGGAGAGCGCUGGGAGUUGGGAUAAAAGCCGGGUGGACGAGCUACAGAAAGACCUCGAAGCUAUCGUUCCUGAUAUUAGUCGCCUUGAAACACUUGCUGUGAAUCUGGACGGCAGCCUCUGUAAGGCUCAGCUCCACCUGAUGAAUGGAAAGGACACUCGAUCCUCGUGCCGCUCAUUGGCCGACUCCUUGAGCGUGGCGCUGGAUGCUGUGAGGAACCUACUGGGCUCCAAACAAAGCGAAGCUGAGGCUCUCGGUGCUCUUUGGAGCUCGUUCAGACAGCGUAAAGAGCAGCUGCUCAAAACGGUAGAGGAUAUUGAGGAGAAGGCAGAUAAACAGGGCCUGAAAGAGCCCAAUGUGCUUACUCUACAGCAGAGGCUUCGGUUCUUCAAUCAGCUGGAAGAUGAGCUGCAGUCACACCAGCACGAGGAGCAGUGGCUCAGGGACAAAGGUCAACAGCUGGCUCAGAGAGACGCUGAGCUGGGUGGUGAAGUACUAAGGGAAAUUAACCUCCUUCAGACCUCCUGGGAAGACACCAAGAAACUCAUUACUGAAAGGCAAGAGCAGAGCAGCGCUUUGGUAGAGCUCAUGAAGGACUACCAAAGCUUAAAGUCUUCAAUAAACACAAUAUUGGAGAGUGCUGAUGCUAUAGCCAACAUUAAAGCUGUCCUAAAAGACCAAGAGGACACGCGAAGAUCCCUGUUGAAGCAUGAAGCUGUUAAUGCAGAGAUGGCCAGUAACCAGGAUGUACUAGAGCGAUUUUCAAGGAAAGGAAAGAAGCUUUUAAGUGAAUUAAACAAGAUCCCUGAUUGCGAAACCCAGAAGACAGAAAUAGAUGCCACAGUGGACCAGUGGCUAGAUGUUUCAGAAAAAAUCGAGGACAAUCUCGAAAGUCUCAAGAGGAGCUCUGCUCUGUGGGUGGAAAUCUACGAUAUCAGUGGAGAAAUCGAAAGCUGGUCCAACAGCUCGGUUAUGGAUCUGACAGAUGGACUCAAUAACUUCAAUGAUAGCCAGAAAACUGCAAACAAACUCUCUGAAGUCAAGGUGGAUGUUGGCCUGAAAGAAAAGAAGAUUGAUGCUUUACAAGAGAAAGUUUCAGAGCUGAAACAACUCUGCGGUGGCCAAGAUGCUCCUGCUAAACUGCAGGUCAUGGAGACGGACCUCAGAAGGAAAAUUAGUAGCAUUGAAGAGUUAUGUGACCAAGCCAAGAGCAACCUCCAAGAUUUCUGCUCUCAGAAGAAGCAGCUGGAAGGUUUUCUCAGCCAGAUGUCCGAGUGGUUGAAGAACGUUGAGAGAUCUUUGGUGGAUUCACCAUGUGGAACAGCUCCUGAAGAAAUCUGCAGAGUGAAGGAAAUCCAAAAGGAGCUUCAGAACCAGCAGACGAGCAUUGACUCAGCCCGGGAAAGCCUGAACACGCUUUGCAGAAAAUACCCAUCCGAGGAACUUGCCGGUCUAGGUUCCUCUCUGACCGACCUCAUCAAGAAAUAUGAAACGGUCAAUCAGCUCUGUGUUAAGAAGCUUGGCUCCAUGCAGCAUGGCCUCCAGCAGCACUUCAAUGAUCUUGUGAAGGAGUUUCAUACAUGGCUCUCUGGACAGAAAGACAUUGUAAGAGAAUGUGCCGAUCAUUCUGGUGACAUGAGCGUGGUGGGACGCAAACUGCAGAAAUUGAUGGGAGCUCUGGAGCGGGUGGAUGAUGGAGACAGCCAUCUAACGCUGGUGUGUACGGAGGGUGAGAAGCUUCUUCUGCACCUCCCCAAAGCCAGCGCUGGCCAAGUCCAGCAGAACCUCUCCUCCAUCCAGCAGGACUGGGACAGUUACGUGGAGCAGUGUAAACAGAACCAGCAGAACCUGGAAGAGAGCGCCAGUCUGCUCAGCGGCUUUGAGAGCCGUCUGCAGAGGUUGACCCGCUGGCUGGAGCGCAUGGAUGUGAGGAUGAGCACCGAGCUGCCUGAGGGGAGACACGAUCAGGAGAGAGUGACGCUGGAGCGCGUGGAAGAAUUCCAACAUGAAGUGCUUAAAGAGAGGGACUCGUUUGAGAGUCUGUGCCAAGAAGCUCAGUCUCUGAGUGAGGGGGGUCAUGGCAGUGGGGCGGAGCUUCGAGCGUCUGCGCAGCUGCAGCUGCAGCAUCAGGCGCUUCUCAAGGCGGCGAGGGAGAGACUGCGCAUAUGUCAGCUCAGCCUGCAGGAGCAGCAGAACUUUGAGGAGACGCUGCAGAGCACCUGGGGAUGGCUCAGUGGCGUACAGGAGCGCCUCAAUUCACUCAACAGCACCAGCGGCAAUAAAGAGACUCUGGAGAAGAGACUGGGGCUGGUUCAGGACAUCUUGCUGAUGAAGGGUGAAGGGGAGGUGAAGCUCAACAUGACCGUAGGGAAGGGAGAACAGGUGCUGAAGAACUGCAGUAGGGAUAAACAGGAAAUGAUCCGCUCUCAGCUCAAGAGUCUGAAGGAUUCCUGGGCCAAUAUCCUCAUGACCGCUAUGAGCUGCCACAGUCGUCUGGAGUGGACCGUGGCUCAAUGGGGCAGUUUCCUGGAGAGUAAAGCUCAGCUGCAGCAGUGGAUGGAGAUGGUGGAGCAGGAGGCAGGGGUGGCUCUGCCGCAGCAGCCCGGGCUGAAAGAGAAAGCUUCGCUACUGGAGCGCCUGCGGGCCAUUCAGGCCGAUGUGGAGGUCCAUUCGUCAGCACUGACACGUCUGAAUGAGAAAGCCACAGAGCUGUAUGAGAAGACGGGAGACCAGGCAUUCGCAGAGGGACCGAAAUCGGAGUUCAACACCCAGUUUACCAACAUCACAGCUGUCAUUAAGAAUAAGGUGCAACAGAUGGAGGAGAUCGUCAAAGAGCAUGAGCAGUAUAUGGUGUCGGUGCGUGACCUGAACGACUGGCUCACAUCAGCUAAAGAAGAGCUUCAGCGCUGGUCAGACAUGUCUGGAGACGCUGCUUCUGUUCAGAGGAAACUCUCUAAAGUCAGGGGGCUGUUAGACUCCAGGAAACAAGGCCAUGAGCGCUUGACCCGUGUGCAGAGCUGCGGUGCCGCCACACGCGACCACACGUCCACGGUGGGCUGUGAGGUUCUGGAGAGAGAGGAGGCCGGGCUGCUCUCGGCCUGGGAACAGUGGGAGCGCGGUGCUAAACACAUGUGCUCUGGUCUGGAGGGCGUUCUGUCUCAGAUGGCCAGCUCGGAGCAGGAGUUCAACAGCCUAGCUGCGCAGCUGGAGCAGGACCUGCAGGACUUCAGCAGCAAGCUGCAGGAGUGGCGCAUCAAACUGCAGCAGGUGGAAGAAAUGAGCUCCGGUGAAGAGGCUGUGCAGGGAUGGCAGACAGCAAAGGACGCCUUGGAAGCACUGCUAAACAUUGAGCCCAUGUCGGACAAUUUGAAGUGUCAGCUGAAUGACUUGUGCCGGUUCUCCAGAGAUCUGGGCGCUCAGUCUGAGAGAGUAUCUGCCCUCAUUAAAGAAUACAACAGCCUCAGUCUCCAGGCGUCUCGAGAGUGUCAGGGAAAGGAGAAGCUCCUGGAGCAGCGCUUCCGUGCCGCUUUUCGAGACUUCCAGCAGUGGCUGGUCAAUGCGAAAAUCAAUACGGCCAAGUGUUUCGAUGUGCCUCAGAACCUGGCUGAAGCAUCGUCCAGCCUGCAGAAGAUUCAGGAGUUUCUGAGUGACCGUGAGCAAGGCAACGGCAAACUGAACACAGUGGCAGCCAGCGGAGAGCUACUGAUGAGCAUCGCUGCCAAAGACAGAGUGGAGUCAGUCAGAGCCAAAAUCAACUCGGCCAGAGAAGACUGGAAAACACUCAUGAAGAACCUGCACCAGAGACAAACCGCCUUACAGAAUCUCCAGGCUCAGAUGCGGGACUUUGAAACGAGCGUAGAGCCGCUCCAGGACUGGCUGAAUGAAACCGAGGAGGCCGUUCAAGAGAGCAGCAGUCGGCUGCAUGACCUCACAGCCAAGAAGCAGGAGCUGCACAGGUUACAGUCUCUGCUAGAGGAAUUAGCCUCUAAGGAGUCUCAGCUGCACAGGUUGAGGGAGAAGGCCCAGCAGCUGUGGGACGGACACACGGCCGGAAAGGGCUUUGUGCACUGUGUCUCGCAGCUCUCAGCUCAGUACCUAGCUUUAAGCAACCUGACCAAGGAAAAAGCCUCUAGAAUCGAGCGCAUCGUGUCCGAGCACCAGCUGUUCUCGCAGGGCCUGAAAGAGCUGCAGAACUGGGUGGCUGAUACCAGUCACAUGCUGCAAACCUACUGCACUCCCACCGCAGACAAGAACGUGCUGGACAGCAGGAUGAUCAAACUCGAGGCUUUGUUGACGGCACGCCAAGAGAAGGAGAUACAGCUGAAAAUGCUGCUGACGAGAGGAGAGUCAGCCCAGAGAAACACCUCCGCUGAGGGUGUACUGCUGGUCCGACAACAAAUCGAAGACCUCAAGGACUCAUGGGAUGGACUGUUGUCGGCUUCUAUUCAAUGCAAGAGCCAGCUGGAGGGCGCUCUGUCGCAGUGGACAAGUUACCAGGAGGACGUGCGUCAGUUUGUGAGCUGGAUGGAGACUGUGGAAGAGACUUUAAACUCUGCAGACAAACAGUGCUCUGAGAUGAGAGACAAAACCGCCAACCUGGGCAAAGCCAAAUUGCUCCUAGAGGAUGUUUUAAGUCACAGCAGCGUCUUGGAUGUCAUAUCCAUGAAGGGGUCCAACAUGGCCGAGCACUAUGUCACCCAGCUAGAGAUUCAGGACUUGCAAGAGCGUUACAAUAUUGUCAAAGAUAAAGCCCAGUGUGCAGUUGCCAAAGCGGAGGAGCUGGUCUCGGCACAUCAGGAGUACCAGCGCGCCCUGCAUGAGUUUAAAGACUGGCUGGAGCAGCAGCAGGAGAGACUGAGCUGCUACACACAGCUGGAGGGAGACGUCGAGACUCUAGAGGACACGCUACGCAAACUACAGGAGUUUCAGGUGCAUUGCACAGAGGAUCAAGCCCUGCUCAACACACUGCUGGUGACCCGAGAGCAGGUGAUUCCCUGGGGCGUCCCGCAGUUAGAGGACCGAUGUCUGGAGACGGUCCAGCAGGAGUGGGGCUCGUAUCAGACCCGGCUGGGUGACACCAGAUCUCAGCUCAACAGCGCUCUGGCCAAACUCCGGCAGAUAGAGCAGAAGUUCCAGCGGUUGGAUAACUGGCUCAAAGGGAUGGAAACUAAAGGACAAUUACGCUCAGGCCGCCGCUCUGACAGAGCAACAAAAGAGGCCCAGCUACAGCUCCUGACGGGUUGGCAUGAGGAGGUGCUGGCUUAUCAGGAGGAGAUAGAGGGUCUCAGUGUCCUGGCCCAACAAGUUUUAGAAGAGAUGCCCAUCAGCAGCAGAGUCAGCACUACAGCUACACAACUCACGUCACGCUAUCAUGCCCUGCUGCUACACCUGCUGGACACCAUUAAGCAACUGAAGGAGGAAGUUUCCUGCAUUGAAGAAUCCCAGAGUGUCGUCGGCACCUUCUCUGAUUGGUUGAGCACAGCACAAAAGAACUUCAGCAGUGUGACCACCACCACCAUUGAUGUGGUUGAUCGUGUCGCCAUGGAGAAGAAGAUGAAAAAACUAGAGGCUCUGCAAGGUGACAUGGAGCUGGGUCACACCUUCCUGAAGACCAUGCGUGAAAAGACGGAUCGUGCCAUGACUUUCCUUGAGGAACCUGAGGCAGAGCAGCUCAAGGAAGAAGUCGACACCCGACUCUCCCAGCUGGAGGCGUUGAUCAGAGCUCUGCGGUCAGAGCUGAGUGCCACAGAGAAAUCCAUACAGCUCUCCAAAGACUUCCUGGACAAAUACAAGACUCAAACACAAUGGCUUACAGAGACCAAAUCACUGCUGGCGACUCCAGUGGAGCCAAAAGCUGAACUUUACCAAAAGAAGGCUCAGCUAGCCAAAUACAAGACAAUCCAGCAGACCAUCCAGUCCCAUGAGUCAGCAGUCAAAUCAGUUAUAGAGAAGGGAGAUGCACUUCUUGAAACAAUCCGUGACCCAUCUAUCAGCGAGAACAUCAGCAAGCUGAAAGCUGACUAUCAAGAAUUAUGCAAUGAUGCCAAGGUCCACUUUCAGAGUUUGACGGAGAGCGUGAGAGAACAUGAAGACUAUAACAGUGAACUCCAAGAAGCAGAGAAAUGGCUGUUACAGAUGUCUAGCAGGCUGGUCACCUCUGAUUCCAUGCAAAGUGGUAAUCUAGAGACAGCCACACAACAACUAGCCAGACACAAGGCAAUAAUGGAGGAGAUAGCUGGUUUUGAGGAGCGUUUGACCAGCCUGAAGGACAAAGGCGAGCGUCUCGCAAGUAGCUGCACACAGCAAGUCCAGGCAAAGAUCAGUCAGCAGAUCCAGGCACACCAGCAGGGAACCAGAGACAGUUAUUCGGCUAUUUGCAGCACAGCUCAGCGUGUGUAUCAGAGUCUGGACCGUGAGCUCCAGAAGCACGUCAGCCAUCAGGACACACUGCAGCAGUGUCAGACGUGGCUGUCCACUGUUAAAGAGGAGAUCCAGCUGCAGGCGCAGACUCCCUAUGGCCUCCAAGAGGCUCUGAAACAGGUGAAGCACUUUAGGGCUCUACAGGAGCAGGCCAGCACAUAUCUGGACCUGGUUUGUUCAGUGUGUGAUUUAUCUGAUGAGUCUGUGAGAGCCACAGCUGCCAAAAUACAGGAAACCAAAACGAUGAUUGAGGAGAGGAUGACCAUUUCUCAAGAGCUGUCGGAUAGCUGGAGGGAGAUUAAAGAGCAAAAACAGGAACUCUCAACACUUUUCCAAGAUAUGGAACAGCAAUUGCAAAGUCUAUCCAGGAGACCAGCUGAGUUGGAGCCCAAGAUUGCUCAAAACAUGGUUGAUCAAGCCAAAGAAUUUGGCCAGCAGCUUCAAAACAGACAAAGCACUCUGACUACAAUGACAGAGCUUGUGAGUAAGCUGACAGAAGGGCAGGAGUCUCCUGAGCAUACAGAGAUUGGACGACUGAGCCAUGCAUGGCUGGAGCUGUGCCAUGAGGCCAACAAUCUGCAGGCUCAGAGAGAGGAAGAUCUGCAGAGGACUAAAGAGUAUCAUGACUGCAUCAGUGCCAUGGAAGCCCUCUUUGAACAGGUGUCCAAGGAAUGGGACAACCUGGCCAGAACUGAUGCUGAGAGUUCAUCUGAUCAUUUGGAGGCUCUUCGGAAGCUCUCGGUUGUUCUUAAAGAAAAGAAAAGCACACUUGAGGACCUCAAAGAGCAGAAGCAAAAAGUAAUGUACCACUUAAACCUGGAUGAUAAAGAGUUGGUGAAGGAGCAGAUUGGCCACUUUGAGCAGCGAUGGGCCCAUCUGGAGAGUCUCAUAGAGAGGAAGAUCCAAGACUCCAUUGUGACCCUUGAAGACAUGGGCCAAGUUGAGGCCCGUUUGAGGGAAGCUCGCGAAUGGGCUGAGGAACAGAAGCCUGCCUUAUCCGAAGCCAUGAAGAUGAGUCCUCCUCCUGAACUAGCUCAGAGUUUCCUUUUCGACCAUCUAAGCAUAUGCAAAUUGAUUGCUCUUCCACAACAGUACAAUAAUAUUUUGGGACUAGCCAAGGAGAAACAAGAGAAAAUACAACAAGCCAUUCUUGCCAGACAGGAAUAUGCCUCCUUUAUUGAUGUGACCCACAAAGCGCUUAAAGAACUUGAGGAACAAUUCCACAACUUGGGGACGCAGUCUGUCGGCCUUAAGACUGAGGAGGUUGUCAGUCUUCAGGCUGAUUAUAAAGGCCUCCUGGAGGAGCUGACCAAUCUUGGACAAGCCGUCAGUGAGCUUAACCAGAAGAAAGAGGGAUUUCGUAGCACCGGUCAACCUUGGAGACCUGAAGAAAUUACCCAACUGGUUAGCCUUUACAACGGUCUCAAAAGAUUGAUUGAGCAGAGGGUAGAACAUCUUGAUGACACUCUGGAAUCUUUCGAGGACCAUCAAGCCAUGGCUAUGCAGGUUGAUUCAGAGCUGAAGGCCACCAAAGAGCAACUGGUGAAAGUCAAUGCAGAGACGCAGUCAGCUGAGGAGAGAUUACAAAACUAUCAUGCUCUGGCCGCUAGUCUUCAUGGUGCCAGCUCUCACCUCACUCGACUCAUGGAGCAGAUGGAUAACCUGGCACUCCACAUGGAUUCCGCCACACAUGAGGCUUCAAAGCAGCGAGGAACCUCUUGGGAAGAAGAGCUUCAGUCCUUACAGUCAGCUGUUGGGGAACUAAUUGUGGAGUGUGAGAACAGGUUUGUGCAGAGUAAAGACUUUGAGACAGAAGUCAAUCGGACCUUAACUUGGCUCCAGCAAAUCAAAGAUGAACUUGGCUCUGAGGUGGUGGUAGACGUCAAGGUUGAGAAGGUCCAGGAGGAAAUCCGAAAGCAACAGAUUAUGCAAGAGGAAGUUCAGUCGAGGCUUAGGAUAGUGGCGGCUCUAAGCACCAGAGAGAAGCAGAAGUACACCAGUGCCAAUGAGCUCGUCCCCCCUCAUGUGGACUCAAGUCUACAAGAAAUGGCCAAGCUGGAGGCUGAUGUUCAACGUGCCCUCAGCUCCAAACAGAUAACGCUAGAGCAAGCUCUCGCCUUGUGCCAGAAGUAUCACUCCAGAAUGCAAACAGCUUGUGAGUGGCUGGAGGACGCUGUGGGCUUCUUGCAGCAGGCCAGCCUUGGGGUGGACGUGGAGAACUACGAGGAGUGUCUGAGGCAACAGGAAGACAUCAUGGCCACUGAACAGGAGUUCCUAGGUGUUCUUGAGGAGCUGGAUUCAUUGUCACCUCAACUUGAAAACCUGGUCAACCCUACAGCCAAGGAUCAGCUUCGACUUAGUGUGGAGUCUGCACAGCAGAGAGGUGUGGAGGUCAGAGACCAGCUUCAGUGCCACCAAGACAUCUUAAACAGCUGUGUUACCCAGUGGAAUUCAUAUCAGGAGGCCAGACAGACAGUCAUUGAGCUGAUGAAUGAGGCAGAGAAGAAGCUAACAGAGUUUUCCACAGCCAAGGCUGCAACAAGCCAGGAAGCUGAAGAGAAACUCCGUAGUCAUAAGUCGUUGGUAUCCAUGGUAAACAGUUUCCAAGAAAAGCUGACUGGUCUGGAAGAGCAAGCCUCCCAGUUAGAGCUGGUUGGAAGUGAUGCCAGUAAAGCCACCAUAAGUCGAUCCAUGACCACGGUGUGGCAGCGCUGGACCAGGUUGCGCAGUGUAGCACGAGGCCAAGAAAGGGUGCUGGAGGAUACAGCCCACGAAUGGAGAACUUUCAGAGAAAAGAUGAUGAAGGUAAGAGCUGUAACAGAAGAACUGAAGGGCCGUGUUCCUGAUUGUACUGCUGAGAAAGCCUCCAAAGCCACACUGCAGUCACAUCUGGACCAGUACGAGCUGGUUGGUCAGGACCUGGAGAGGGAGCUGUCUUCUCUAACCCUCUUACGACAGUACGCCCUCAGCCUGCUACAUGGUGUGGAGGUGUCUGUGCCAACGCCUGAUCAUGAGCAACUGCCAAGUCUGAAGGAGAUCAAAGCUGUGCAAGAUCAGCUUGAAAGUCUUCUGCAGAAGGCCAGGACAGGAAAGACUCGGGUUCAGCAGGAACUGUCGGACAGGGAAGGUGUGGAGAGAGGGCUGAGUCUUGUCAAGAGCUGGAUCCAGGACUCCAGGGAGCUUUUGCUGAACCCCACGUCUGAUCUGGACAUUCUGACACAAGAACUGGAGGUGAUGCAUGGAGAGCUGAUCACUCAUCGCCAGAAUGUGAAUAAGCUCGCAGAACAGCAGCAAAGUAAAUACCUGGACCUGUACACUAUUUUACCAUCUGAGAUCUCAAUGCAACUGGCUGAAGUGUCCCUGGCACUGGGAUCCAUUGAGGACCAGGUUCAAGCCAAGGAGAGAGACAUCCAGAAGACCAGAGUUAUCAAAGAGGAGUUCAACUCCAGAAUUCAUGACGUGUCCGAAAAAUUGAAGGCUGUCUCAACCUCUCUAAAGGAAAAGGCCACUGAUAUUGAUCAGGCCAAAGAUGAGGCCAGACGUCUCUGUGAUGAACUUGACGGCUGUGGACGAAAUCUCGCUGAGCUGGAAGCAGCAGUGCAGGACUUUGGUCGCCGUAACCCUCUGAUAGCCAGACAGCUGGCUGAUGCAAUUGCCAAAUUACGAGAGAUCCAUCAUCACACUCUUCGACUGGCUGAAUAUAAUACAAUAUGGCUGAAGAAGGCUGAUGCACAUCUAGAUGAGUACAAUGAGAUGUUUGAGUUCAUAGUGAAGUGGACAGACAGAGCCAGGAGCCUGGUGAAGGCCAACAUCAUCUGGAACUCCUCCUCACACUUGCAAGAGCAGAUCAGGAUGUAUCAGUCUGUUCUGCGUGAGUCGCGUGAGCUCCAUGGUGACCUGGAGGCCAUGCAUGAGAAGGUGGAAAUACUGUCUGAGAUGCUGCAGGUAGAGGCAAUGGGACAGCAGGUGUCAGAACUGAGCCGCCACACUGAGGAGCUGGAGCUGAGCAUUAGAUCACGACUGCAUAGUCUACAAGACGCAGCAAAGGAUAUGGAGAGGUUUGAGAGUGAAGUGAAGGCCCUGCAUGUGUCACUGGAGCAGGUUCAAGCCACUCUCACAUCUCCUGAACUGGCCCGACUGAGUCUGAAAGAACAACUGACUCAAAGACAGCGUUUGCUGGCGGACAUGGAGAGCUUCAAGCAGCAGGUAGAGGCCGUACAGGAGUGUCAGAGCACUUUAAGAGUCCCUGAAGAAGUGGUGACCAGUCUGUCCAUCUGCCGCACUGCUCUGAAUCUGCAGCAAGAGGCCAGUCAACUCCAGCACACUGCCAUCCAGCAAUGCAACAUCCUGCAGGAGGCAGUGGUGCAAUAUGACCAGUAUGAACAGGAAGUCAGAAACCUGCAGGCCAUGAUUGAAGAUGCUCACCGGGUCAUUCAGGACCAACCUGUGAACACCAGCAAUAUCCAAGAGCUGCAGGCACAAAUUAACCAUCAUGAGGAACUGGCCCAGAAAAUCAAGGGCUACCAGGAGCAAAUUGCAUCCCUGAACUCCAAGUGUAAGAUGCUGACGGUAAAAGCUAAACACGCCACCACGCUCCUGUCAGUGAGUGAUGCAGAGGGUUUAACCGAGAGUCUGGAGGAACUGGACGGUGAUGCUAUUAAAAGAAAGACCCAAUCACAAGUCUCCAUGUCGGCUGGUCGCUGUCAGUCUUUCCUGUCUCCUGUGACAGAGGAGUCUGGCGAGGAGGGCACCAGCAGUGAGAUCUGCUCUCCUGCUUUCUGUCGAUCUCCCUCUCCUAUCACUAACACAGAAGCAGCCAUUAGCAAGAUGUCCAUGGGAAGGGCCACUCUCACCAGAGGGCCCAUCCAGGAGCUGUACAAUCCCGCGCUGGAGUCUGUAGCGAGCUUAGAUGAUCUUCAGCGCUCGUGGGAGACCCUGAAAAAUGUGAUAAGUGAAAAGCAGAAGACUCUCUACGAGGCUCUGGAGAAGCAGCAGCGCUAUCAGGGCUCUCUACAGACCAUCUCGACUAAGAUGGAGUACAUCGAGGCCAGAUUAAACGAGCCUCCUAUGCACGAUCUCAGUCCUGACAGACAAAUGGUCCUACACCAGAAUCAGACGGAGGAAAUUGUCAAACUGCAGAAUGAUAUAGAUGAGCUUGAGUCCAGCUUCACAGAAGAGCUGAUCUCUGAUGCGGUGGACUCGGACUCUGCGGAUCAGCUGGCCAUGCAGUCCACACUCACUGUGCUGUCCGAGAGGAUGGCCACCAUCCACAUGAAGGCUUCUGGAAAACGCCGACUUCUUGAGGAGCGACAGAGUGAACGUGUGGAAAAGCAGCAACAGGCUCAGGCUUUGCAGCGCUACCUGAACCAGGCAGACCAGCUGGACCAGUGGCUACAGAGCACUCGCGGUAACAUCACUUCCUGCUCUCAAGGCUCAGACGUGGAAGAGCAACUCAUAGACUGUCAGAACAUGCUGCUGGAGAUCGAGGAGAAGGUGCUGGCUCUCUCCGAGCUCUCCAGACACAGCGAGAAUCUUCUGCUGGAGGGCCAGCCGGAGAGCAGGGAGGACGCGGAGCAGCUGGCCAGGAAGUUGCGUACACUGAAAGGCAGCCUGCUAGAGCUGCAGAGGAUGCUGCAGGACAAGCAGAUCAACAUUCAGGAUUCCCUUAAGGAGCCAUCAGACUCCAGUGAAUCAGAUUCCAGUCUCUCCCAGAGUCCAAACAUGCAGGACUGGCUGGCCCAGGCCCGCUCCACACGCAGCCUACAGCACCAGGACACCCUCCAGAAACAGAAGGAGCUUGAAGAGCAACUUGCAGAGCAGAAGAAGCUGUUGAAAUCUGUAGCGAGUCGUGGAGAGGAAAUCCUCACCCAGCAGGCAUCACCCGUCAGAGCCGGUGCAACAGAGAUCCUCUCGCCUGAUGUGGAGCAGGAGGGAGACAUUCAGGCCGUGAAGAAACAGAGGAGAAAGAGAUGGGAAAGUCUGAAAAAAGACAUGGCCACUAAACUACAGCUCCUUAUGAACACGCUGGAGCAAGACAGCAAACAACCGUUUUACUCCAGAACUGCUUGUGUGAAGACUGCAGCUCCGGUCUAUAAGAGAGAGACUCACGUCCAGGACAAGUCCAGCCUGAUGUCUCUGCACAAUGGAUUCAGUCAGACAAUAAAGGAAAUUACUCCUCAGGCCACAGAGCAAGAGGUCAUUCUGAUGGAGCAGCAGCUUUAUUCAGCAGUCACAGCCACGUCCUCUUGGGUGGAUGAUGUGGAGAACACACUGUUUUCUGGCCCUGUGCUGCUGACGGAGAACGCUGAGACGCAGCUCUCCAACCACGAGACAUUGGGAAAAGAAGUGACGGAGGUGACGAGGCAGAUCAGCCACAGCGAGGGGCUCAUAGGCAGCUCUGUGGGAUUAUCUGAGGAAGAGCAGACCCUGAUGAAGGACACCCUCGACUGUCUGACUCGACGCCUGGGAGCUCUGGACUCGGCACUGGACCGCCGCUGUGACACCAUGAGGAGCCGAAUGCGGGAGCUCACAGCUUUCCAGACGGAGCUGCAGCAUCUCUUUACAGCGCUUAGUGAAAGCAAGUUCCAGAUUAUACAGAAAAUGGCAGGAGUUCUUGAUCACACAACAACUAAACAGAUUGAAACCAUUGCAGAGGCAGAGGAGACGCUGAAAGACUUUGAGCACAGAAUAACAGAGCUGAAAGCCAGAGGGGCGGAGCUACAGCUGGACCAGUUCUCCACCAAUGAGCUGCUGAAGCUACAGGAUGCUUAUGAGGAGCUGGUUAUGACAGUGGGCUCUCGACGGAGCGGGCUGAACCAGAAUAUGGCGCUGAAAAAUCAGUAUGAACGAGUUCUGCAGGAUCUAAUUGAUCUGGUGGACACGGCCCAAGAUAAGAUGAACGCUGACCAGAAGAUGAUCGCCAGCUCAGUAGAGGAUGUGCACAACCUUCUAGACAAACACAAGGAAUUUUUCCAAGGCUUAGAGUGGCACACGGUCCUCACUGAGACAUUCUACAAAAAAAUUAGUGCCUUUGUUUUGCCACGUGAGCGUCAGACUCUGGAGGAGACACUAGCUCGGGCUCAGGAUGUGCUUAAGCAAGCGCACAAGAAAGGAGUUGAGCUGGAGUGCAUCUCAGAGACGUGGGGUCGUCUAGUUUCGGACUAUCAGACCCUGUACCGAUUGCUAGAGGCUGUGGAGGGCAGUCUGCCGACCGCUGGCCUGGUGGAGGAGACGGAGGAGAGACUGAAGGAAAGAAUAGAGCUCUAUCAGGCCCUUAAAGCCAGUCUGACGGAGCACCAACACAAGCUGCAUCAGGUGCUGGAGGAAGGGAAGCAUCUUCUGUCAUAUGUGAGCUGCUCCAGCCUGGAGAACCAGCUCACUCUUUUGGGCGAGCACUGGCUCAACAACUCCACCAAGAUCAACAGAGAGCUACAGAACCUGGAAUCCAUCCUGAAGCACUCAACCAGGUAUAAGCGUGAGUCUGGUGAACUGAGUCGCUGGCUACAGGAAGCUCUGGAACGCUUGGAGUUCUGGAACACACAGUUUGUUGCUGGUCCUCAGGAACUGGAGACUGUUAAAGACCAGUUAACAGCUUUUCUGGAGUUCAGUAAGGAGGUGGAGAGCCGCUCCAGUCUGAAGGCCUCGGUGCUGAAUGAGGGAAACCAGCUGCUCAGACUCAAGAAGAUGGACACCGCGUCUCUGCGGUCUGAACUCGCCCGUCUGGACUCUCAGUGGUCAGAACUGCUUGCCCGCAUUCCUGUAGUUCAAGAAAAACUCCACCAGUCUCAGAUGGAUAAGCUGGCAUCCCAUCACGCUAUCGCUGAGCUUGUGAACUGGAUGUCAUUGAUGGAGAGAGUCAUAGAAGAGGAUGAGGAGAAUCUCAAAGGGGCUGUUGGGUCAAAGGUCAUCCAGGAGUACCUGCAGCGAUACAAGGGCUUCAGAGUGGAUGUGAACUGCAAACAGCUGACUGUGGACUUUGUGAAUCAGUCAGUGCUCCAGAUCAGUGGUGUGGAUGUGGAGAGCAAACGCAGCGAUAAAACAGAUUUUGCGGAGAAACUGGGCGCCAUGAACUGCCACUGGCAGAUACUGCAGACACGUAUCACUGAGAGGGUACAGUAUCUGGAAUACUUGUUGGAAUCCUGGGUUGAAUAUGAGGGUAAAGUUCAGACUCUUCAGGCAUGGCUGAACGCUCAGGAGGACAGACUCAAGACGAAGCACAGGAUUGAGAACUUAUCCUCUGUGCAGAAUGCACUUAAAGACUGCCAGGAGAUGGAGGAGAUGAUGAAGGAGAAGGAGAGGGAGCUGGAGAGAGUGGAAGAACAGGCUUGUGCUCUCGUCCAAAAUAAAACCGACGAGGCCUGUGCUGUUGUCAUGGAGUCUCUACAAGUCUUGAACAACACAUGGGCCAAUCUGGACCACCUGAUCGGACAGCUGAAGAUCAGUCUGAAGUCUGUCCAGGACAAGUGGAGUCAAUACAAACAAGCGUCUGAAGAGAUCAACGGCUACCUGACGGAGGGACGCUACUCUGUGUCCCGCUACCGUCUGCUCACAGGAUCUCUGGAGGCUUCGCGGCUACAGGUGGAGAGUCUACAGAACCUGCAGGAGGAGCUUGAGAAACAAGAGAGCAGUCUGAGGAAGUUUGGAUCAGUUACACAUCAGCUUCUGGAGGAGUGUCACCCGUCUGUGUCUGACACACUCAAUAACACACUAAAAGACAUUAACGCCAGGUGGAACAGUCUGCAGGAGGAGAUCGUGGAGCGUCUGAAGAGCAGUAAGGCUCUCCUGCAGCUGUGGCAGAGCUAUAAAGAUCUUUAUGGACAGAGCGACUCCAGCAUCCAGACACUAGAGGAGAGAGCAAACCAGAUGCUGAAGACCACCAGCCACAAAGACAUCACAGAGGAGGACGUGUCCACCUGGAUUCAAGACUGUGCUGAGCUGCUGCGCUCUCAGGCUCCCGUCCAGGUGUCUCUGCAGGUUUUACUGGAGCUGGGAGAGCAGCUCAAACAGCAGGUGGACACAUCAGCUGCGGCCUCCAUCCAGUCUGACCACCUGUCUCUCACCCAGCGCCUCAGUGCUGUAGAGCAGAGUCUGAGCCGACAGCAGGUGGCGCUGCAGGCUGGGGUUCGCGACUAUGAGACGUUUAAUGAGCAGUUGGACUCUCUGUCCCGCUGGAUCGUGGAAGCUGAGGAGGUUCUGAAAGCUCAGGAUCCCAACGGUUCCUCUGACCAGUCACUGAUCCGGGACCGCAUGGAGGAACUCAAGAAACAAAUGCUGAAGUUCAGCAGUAUGGCUCCUGAUCUGGAGAGGCUGAAUGAACUGGGUUACAGACUCCCUCUCAACGACUCUGAGAUCAAACGCAUGCAGAACCUCAACAGAAGCUGCUCCACCACCUCAGCUCAGACCACUGAGAGAUUCAGUAAACUUCAGGCCCUGCUACUACAGCAGCAGACCUUUCUGGAGAAGUGCGAGACGUGGAUGGAGUUCCUGGUGCAGACGGAGGAGAAACUGGCCGUGGAGAUUUCCGGAAACUUCCAGAGCCUGAUGGAGCAGCAGAGAGCUCAUGAGCUGUUUCAGGCAGAGAUGUUCAGCAGACAGCAGAUCCUUCACUCUAUCGUCAGCGAUGGGCAACGCAUGCUGGAGCAGGGACAGGUGGACUACAGAGAUGAGUUCAAGCUGAAGCUGGCUCUGCUGAGUAACCAGUGGCAGGGGGUGGUGAGACGGGCACAGCAGCGCAGGGGCAUCAUAGACAGUCUCCUGCGGCAGUGGCAGCGCUACAGGGAGAUGGUGGAGAAGCUGAGGAAGUGGUUGGUGGAAGCGUCCCAUCAGGCCGAAACCCUGCAGGUUGGCACACCUGUGCCACUCCAACAGGCACGAGCCAUGCUGGAUGCAGUUCAGCUGAGGGAGAAGGUUCUGCUGAGGCAGCAGGGCAGUUACAUCCUGACGGUGGAGGCAGGGAGACAGCUGCUUCUGUCUGCUGACACACGAGCCGAAACCGCUCUACAAGAGGAGCUGCUCGACAUACAGGAGCGCUGGAAACACGCCAACAUCUGCCUGGAGGAACAAAAGAAAGAACUGGCCAUCCUGCUCAGGGAUUGGGAGAGAUGUGAAAAAGGUAUCGGAGGAUCUCUAGAGAAACUAAGAGCUUUUAAACGCCAGCUGUCCCAGCCGCUUCCAGAUCGCAAUGAGGAGCUGCAGUCUGAACAAAUGCGCUGCAAGGAUCUGGAGAGCAUGUUUGACGGCUGGAAGGAGGAUUUGACCCAUCUGACGGUGUUGAGAGAGUCUCUGUCCAGUUACAUCAGUCCUGAGGAUCUGCGUGUGCUGCAGGAACGCAUUGAACUCCUGCACCGCCAGUGGGAGGAGAUCUGUCACCAGUUGUGUCUGCGAAGGCAGCAGGCGAGUGAGAAGCUGAAUGAAUGGGCCAUCUUCAAUGAUAAAUAUAAGGAGCUGUGUGAAUGGCUGACGCAAAUGGAAAGCAAAGUAUCCCAGAAUGGAGACAUCAGCAUCGAAGAGAUGAUUGAGAAAUUAUCAAAAAGCAUUUUGUUUGAGCUGCAGAGAGACAUCGAGAAGCACAGCACAGGUGUGGCGUCUGUGCUGAACCUGUGUGAGGUGUUGCUGCACGACUGUGACGCGUGUGCUACAGACGCCGAGUGUGACUCCAUCCAGCAGGCCACACACAGCCUGGACCGCCGCUGGAGGAGCAUCUGUGCCAUGUCCAUGGAGAGGAGACUCAGGAUUGAGGAGACGUGGCGUCUCUGGCAGAAGUUUCUGGAUGACUACUCUCAUUUUGAGGAGUGGCUCAUGUUGUCGGAGAAGACAGCCGCGCUGCCAAACUCUUCAGGUGUCCUUUACACUGUUGCCAAAGAGGAGCUCAAGAAAUUUGAGACGUUCCAGCGGCAGGUGCAUGAAAGUUUGACGCAGCUAGAGCUGAUCAAUAAACGGUAUCAGCGACUGGCACGUGAGAAUCGCACCGACGCGGCCUGUAAUCUGAGAGAAAUGGCCCACAACGCCAACCAGCGCUGGGAGAACCUGCAGAGACGAGUGUCAUCUGUCCUACGCAGGCUAAAGCACUUUAUAUGUCAGCGGGAGGAGUUUGAGACGGCACGAGACUAUAUCCUGGUCUGGCUGACAGAGAUGGACCUGCAGUUAACCAACAUUGAGCAUUUCUCCGAGUGUGAUGUCCAGGCCAAAAUCAGACAGCUGAGGGCGUUCCAGCAGGAGAUCACUCUGAACACAGCCAAGAUUGACCACAUAUUCCAGCAGGGUGAAGCUCUUCUGGAAAAGAGUGAGCCGAUAGAUGCUGCUGUGAUGGAGGAAGAGCUUGAAGAACUGCAGCGUUACUGCCAGGAAGUGUUUGGACGUGUGGAGCGCUACUACAAGAAACUUAUACGAUUACCGCUCACAGACGAUGAACAUGACAUCUCAUACUCGGACCGUGAGUUUGAUCUGGACGAGCCUGCUGACGUGUCCAGCUUUCCGUGGAGUGAGCGUCUGGGCGAUGGUUUUCUGUCCCCUCUGCCCUCGUCCAGUCGCUCUGUGUCACUGGCCGCUCCUCUACGGGCCGAACGCUCGGGCCGAGACACUCCAGCCAGCGUGGACUCCAUCCCUCUGGAGUGGGACCACGAUUACAACCUGAGCCGGGGUCUGGAGAGCGCCAGCAGAGCCUUGUCCUCUGAACCGGGAGAUCAGGGAGAAGAUGGAUACCUGCAGGGCUCAGCGUCCGCCCUCUCAGAUGUAGUGAUUCCAGAGAGUCCUGAGGCAUAUCUCAAACUUACUGAGCAAACUCUGAGGUCCAGCGCUGGUGACGCUGGAUCACUGGAGACUCACAUCAGACAGCUGGAUAAAGUUCUAAACACCAGCUGCUUCCAUCUGCAGCAGACGGAGAACAUCAUACGCAGCCGGACUCCCACCGGCCCUGAGCUGGACGCCACCUACAUGGGUUAUAUGCGUCUUCUUGAAGAAUGUCGUGGCAGUAUAGACGCAGUAAAGCGAGUAGGAUUUGAGCUGAAAGAAGAGGAAGACAAGAUAUCAGGUUUCGUCAACCCCAACAGCUCAGAGUCCCAAACUUCAGGUGUGAUCGAGCGCUGGGAGCUGCUGCAGGCUCAGGCUCUCAGUAAAGAGAUGCGCAUGAAGCAGAACAUGCAGCAGUGGCAGCAGUUCAACUCUGACCUGAACAGCAUCUGCAGCUGGCUGGACCAGGCAGAAGAAGAGCUGGAGCAGCAGCGGGGACUGGACCUCAGCACGGACAUACAGACCAUCGAGCUACGCAUCAAGAAACUCAAGGAGCUGCAGAAGGCUCUGGAUAAGCGCAAGGCCAUCGUGUUGUCCAUUAACCUCUGCAGCGCCGAGUUUGUGCAGUCGGACAGCGAGGAGGCGCGAGACCUGCAGCGACAGCUGAAGGAGAUGAAUAACCGCUGGGAGCGUCUCAGCAGCUCUCUGGACGAGUGGAGGAACGCGCUCCAGCACGCGCUCUUGCAGUGCCAGGACUUCCAUGAGAUGAGUCAUGGUCUGCUUCUGUGGCUGGAGAACAUCGAUCGCAGGAGGAAUGAGAUCGUCCCGAUUGACCACACUCAGGACAGCGAUACCCUACAGGAGCAUCACAAAACGCUUCUGCAAAUCCGCCGGGAGCUGCUGGACACGCAGCUGAAGGUGGCGUCCCUGCAGGACAUGUCCCUUCAGCUGCUGGUCCACUCGGAGGGCAGUGACUGUCUGGAAGCCAAAGAGAAGGUGCAUGUGAUGGGGAACCGUCUCAAGCUGUUGCUGAAGGAGGUGACGAGAGACAUCCGAGAGCUGCAGAAGACCCUGGACAUCAGCAGCAGUCAGCAGGACUUGUCAUCUUGGUCGUCUGCUGAUGAGUUGGACACUUCCGGUUCCCUGAGCCCCGUGUCUGGACGCAGCACUCCCAGCCGCCGGCGAUCGCCACGGGGCAAAAGUAGUCUGUCACAGCCCGGAGCCUGUGUGAGCAGUCCACUUCACAGCAGGUCUCGCAACGCCGCUGGAUCCGGUUCCUCCCAUUCUGACGAGGAAGAACCACCAUCCUGGUGCAAAACCUUCCUGAAGCGUGUCCUCUGGGCCGCACUGCCGCUGCAGAUCUUCCUGCUGCUGGUGCUGGUGGUGGCCUGUCUUGUGCCUACGUCUGAGGACCACUACAGCUGUGCCCAACUCAACCACUUCGCCCACUCCUUCCACCCAAUGCUCCGCUACACCAAGGGGCCUCCGCCUAUGUGAGCUCCACUUUGAAGUUAAGACGGCAGCUCAGCGUCGGGUUUCCCUCUAAAUUGACAACUGCCGUUGAGUUUGGCAGCCAUUAUCGUGUCCUUGUACAGCAAAUACAGCUGCUAAUUUUACAGUAUGUCACUCUGAGUCUCGUGUAGAUGUUAGAACGAAGCCUAUUGCACUGAAAACUGCUGUCAGACAAGUGUUGUCAGUGCUACUGAUGUUCUUCCAUGUUUGAUGUGAAGGAGGAAACUAGAGCGUAGGAUAUUAACUCACUGUGAGUUAAUCAGGUCUUUUUUAAUCAUGGAAAGAUCAAGUUUAUUGCGCAAAAACUGAAAGGUGUUGGGUUGCUUGUAUCACAUGAAUAACUUGUAAAAAAGAGAAGAUAAAACAUUUAUGAACUCUAUAUUGCAAUUAUUUUUUUAUGUGUAGUUUUUGCAUGUGUUCAUCCUUUGGUUUUAAAACAAUCGUCGAUUUUAUUGGAUUAGUCAUUGUUUCUUUUUUCAUUUUUGAUCUUAACUAACCUGCUGUAAUAUUCAAGGUAACUGUGUCAUGAAUAUACUUCACUGUAUGCAAACCACUGAUAUCAAAGAAAAGGAUAUUUAUGUAUGUACAGUUCGCUAAGGCCUAAGAAACCUUCGCAAUGAAAAUACACCUAUGAUAUACACAUAACCUGCUGAUAAGGAUUUUCAUUACAAUUAAAGACUGAAUG